UUUUUCCUUUGCAUUAUGUGGUCAGGGGAUAUCCAUGGUCAAUAUUCAGAUCUACUGAGGCUGUUUGAAUAUGGUGGAUUACCUCCAAAAUCCAAUUACCUGUUCUUGGGUGAUUAUGUUGAUAGGGGGAAGCAAAGUCUGGAAACGAUAUGCCUUCUUCUUGCAUAUAAAAUAAAGUACCCUGAGAACUUUUUUCUUUUGAGGGGAAACCAUGAAUGUGCUUCCGUGAAUCGUAUAUAUGGAUUCUAUGAUGAGUGCAAACGAAGGUUCAAUGUUCGUCUAUGGAAAGUAUUCACAGAUUGUUUUAACUGUCUCCCUGUGGCAGCUCUGAUUGAUGAAAAGAUAUUGUGCAUGCAUGGUGGACUCUCUCCUGAUCUUAACCAUUUGGAUCAGAUAAGGAACCUUCAACGACCAACUGAUGUUCCUGAAACUGGGUUGCUCUGUGAUCUUCUCUGGUCAGAUCCUAGUAAAGAAGUUAAAGGGUGGGGAAUGAAUGACCGGGGAGUUUCUUAUACCUUUGGCCCUGAUAAGGUCACAGAGUUUCUUCAGAAGCUAGAUCUUGAUCUUGUUUGUCGUGCCCACCAGGUUGUGGAAGAUGGAUAUGAAUUUUUUGCUGAUAGACAACUUGUGACGAUUUUCUCAGCCCCUAAUUAUUGUGGAGAGUUUGACAAUGCUGGUGCUAUGAUGAGUGUGGAUGAGACCCUGAUGUGUUCUUUUCAGAUAUUAAAGCCCGCAGAGAAGAAGCCAAAGUUUGGAUUUGGGAGCACUACUACUGCUAAAAAUGCAACUCCUGCAAAAUCAAAGUCAUUUCUUGGGAAAAUUGGAUGAGAUGAACAAAUCCAGUAUCAACGUCAACUACCUCUCUUAGCUCCAUCACAUGUAGAUGGAGGCUCGGGUUUGGAAGCAUUGCAGUAGAGAAGAAUAUGCAUUCCUAAGAUUCGAAUCGGGAAAUCUGUAAUAAUUUUGAUUUGUCAUGUAUAAUAUAAACCAAUCCAGUGAGGCGAGCUCUAUGGUUCACCAACAAAAGAUUUUCUAACCCUUUUAGUCUAUUCAGGGAUCUUUCCUGCUGCAGUCUGAUACAGGGAAAAAAGGUUACCCUUUGUGUUAAAUGUCUUGAAUCUCUGUUCUCUUUGAUUCUUAUGUUUCUCUUCUAGUGGUUCAACCUUCUGUUGAGUUAGCUGUUUGUCUUCAAUUACUUUUUAAACUGAUGAAUUAUUAAACUA